AUGUGGCACUGUUUACAUCGGCUAAUUGAUCUUGAGCUAAAGGUGAUAGUUGUUCAGUGCGUGGGCGCGGAGCUCGCGCGGCUCGAGGGGCGGCUGGGGCAGUGGGCCGACCCGGACGCGCGGCAGCGGCUUGCCAGGCUCAGCGAGUCGGCGGCGGCGCGGGUGCUGCGGACGAUCGGCGAGUCCCGGACGCCCGUCAAGACGCUCUCCGGCUACAUCAGGCACUUGGCGGACAAGGAGGCCAUGCAGCGCAAUGCACGGGGCAUCCCUCCCGCCGAGAGCGCCGCCUGCAGCUCCGGCCCUUCACACCGAGAUGAAUCUGUAUCUGGGCCACUUCAAUGUAGCGAUGAUCAAUAUGAUGUUCAAAGCCCUUACCGAGAAGAAAUAACUUUGGGCCUCUCAAACAAUGCUGGGAGUGCCAACCAGCCAAGGCAUACCGGUUCGCAAGAUAAUGAGGGUUUUGGCAGAGAAAUUGCUCAUGUGGUUCCAAACCUGUCUGCAAUGGCAGCUCAGACCCCAUCUGGUUGGGUGUCGUUACGAAAUCAGAAUGACAUUCAGAUUAAUAGUACUAUCCGAGCAAUGGCUGCAUUGGCUCCCGCUACGCCACCAGCUCAAGCCCUUCCCUGUAUGGCAGGUGAGAUCCCAUCCACAAUAACACUUCAGCCCAGUACGGUAGGUCAGAACGAAUUCGGAAAGACGCCUGCUAUGAUGCCGGUUCCAACCCUGCCAUGGAUGGCAGGUGAGAACCCAGAAGCUUGGAUCCGGCUCCUGAAACGGGACUAUUCUCAUGACCCUGCGAUGACCCCUCCGGUGUGGAACCAGAUACCUGUGCAGAUCAGUAGUCCUGCCCGAGCAAUGGCUCCCAGUGUUAUGAUACAGGGAUAUACCGCAAAUAUGAUACCAAACAAUAUCCAUACACCUCCAAGCAGUGUCUCCACACCAAUCCAUGCACGGGAUAUUUCAGGACCAGUUCAGGGAAUUGGUGUUCCCUCUGGAAGCCCACACAUCCCAGCAUGGGCAGGGGUGUCAAGUCCUACAAUCUAUUGUUCUACAUCAAAUGCAUCGAGGGAGAAAGCAAGUCCUCAGAUGGAAGCACUGGAUGGAAUGGAGUUCAGGAAGAUAUUUAUGAUUUUUGCGUACCUUUCUGGGAACAGGAUAGAAGGUGAACUAUCUGUGGACUAUAUUAGAUCCUUGAUGCCCCUUCCCCUGGUUGAUUUUGAGUCACAAAUCUGGAACGCAUUUGGUCACAAGUAUAUUGAUGUUUCAGACAGAGCUAAGAACCUUGGUUCAGACCCAGGUACAGCAAAAAUCUACCAUUGUACUGUUGAGAUAAGAGGGGAUUCUGCAGUCAACAUUUUCAAGGGACCAUACACGGAGACUAGAAGGACUCAUCCGGCAAAAGUUGUUGGUGACGACAACGUCCUCGUAGUGAAGUUUAUGGGGAAAUCUUCAGAAAUCAUGACUGAUUUUGCACCUUACCAUAAGGUCGCUGAAGAUGGUAUUGUUCUGGGUUUGCGCCGAUACCAAUUUUUUGUUUACAAAGAUGGAGGAAAAGAAGAGAAAAUUAAAGAAGAAAGAAAAAAUGGGGGAAACGAGAAAUGCACUUCAGCUGUGAGAUGCUACUUUGUUCGCACUGAGUCAGGAUGGAAGAUGGAUGAACCUUAUAUACUCUCUGGCAAAACAAUCAGUCAGGCCCGCAAACUAUUCAUGCAUGUACAUACGGCUCCCACCUUGGCGUAGUAUAUGACCAGGUUUGCGUUAAUACUAUCCAAAACUAUCACAUUGGAGGUUAAUUUGUCAGCGGUUCAUGUUAUACAGCUAGAUGACAAACCUUGCAGCGAUGAACAUGGCUGCAUUGUUGUUCAAGAUGGGGAGCCAUUAAUUCAUACGGAUGGAACUGGCAUUAUAUCCGAAGAUUUAGCCAUGAAAUGCUCCGCAAGUAUCCCCGAGAAAAAUUGUUUGAAGUCACAGGUUUGUGUACUUGCCACUGUCAUGACUUGCACCUUGAUAGAGUUUUACCCUCUUCUUACGCAGUUCCGUAUGUUCUAUAAAGGGGCAGCUGUUAAGGGAACUGUCCUUGUUGACAGAAGGCUUCCUCCUGGAACUAUUCUUGUACGCCCAUCAAUGAUAAAGAUAAAAUCUGAUCCAGAAUUAUGUGGUGUACAUUCCAUCAGCUCUUUGGAACUGAUGAAAAUGAAAACAGAUCCAAAAUUAAAUGGUGUCCAGUCCGUCAACUCUUUGGAAAUAGUUACAACAAGCAAUCAUCCCAAGAGGACAUCAACAUCAAGAUACUUAAUUGCUCUACUUUACUAUGGAGGAGUUAAAGCAGAGUACUUUAUGGAACUUCUACAUGAUGCAGUUGAAGGGGCUGCGAAUGCUCGCUAUAGUUACGAUGACGCACUUAAACUUGCGUUUAUCUAUGCUGACAUGGAAGACUCCAUGUCGGCACGAAUGAUUCUCUCUGGAGUUCCACUAGAAGAUGCAUAUUUGCAAUCUAGACUGGCUACCAUGUCUCAGCUGGAAAGGAAAGGAUUCAAGGAAGGAAAACUACCAAUCGAUGAUUGCUUUUAUUUGAUGGGUACCACAGAUCCUACAGGGAAACUCAGACCCAAUGAAGUUUGUGUGAUACUUGAGAAUGGACAAUAUUCUGGAAAAGUGCUUGUCUAUAAACAUCCUGGGUUGCACUUCGGGGAUAUACAUGUCUUCACAUCAAGGUAUAUUGAGGAUAUAGGGGAUGCAGUGGGGUGUUCAAGAUAUGCUUUACUUUUCCCUACGACUGGGCCACGAUCUUCGGCCGAUGAGAUGGCCAAUAGCGACCAUGAUGGGGACAUGUUCUGGGUCUCGAUAAACGCACAGUUACUACAUCAGUUCAAGCCUUCUAACCCGUGGAUUCAAAAGAUUAAUCCAAAGAAGCCUAACCAAAGGUGUCCUCAGAGUUUUAAUGAGUUGGAACUCGAGAGAAAACUAUUUCAUGAUUUCUUGAAAGCAAGAUUUGCACGCAGUUCUUCACUUAGCACUGCAGCAGAUAGUUGGUUAGUAUAUAUGGACCGACUCAUAACAGAUGACCUUGAUGAAGAAGAAAGGAAAGUGUUAGAGAAAAAGAUGGAGAAGUUAGUUGAUCUUUAUUAUUUGGCUCUGGAUGCUCCAAAGACCGGGAUGAAGAUCAGUGUCCCUUCUGAGCUGAUAGCAAAAAAGUAUCCACACUUCAUGGAUCGGAAGCAAUGCUACCAUUCCAAAUCCAUACUGGGCAGAAUCUAUGAUAAAGCAGUGAAAGUGCAAUCUGAGAAUGUUGGACCAAUCGAAAUAUCGUUGGACCCACGUUUCAAGGAAAGGGAUACUUCAAAAUGCAAGCCCUUCUGGACACGUCAUUACAAAGAGUACUGUAAAGACAGUGGGCCACUAGCUGAAAUACAGGAUAAGGAAGAAGUGGAGUUAAAGUUUAGUGAACUGUACCACAAGUACAAGCAUAUACUCUACCAUGCAGCGGAAUUUGAGCAAACCCCAAGGGAUCUGAAAGAUGUGUUUGAUGAGGCAUGCGCGAUUUAUCAAAUCGUCUAUGAGAGUGCAGUGGCUGCUAAAAAACCCGGGAAAUGCAGCUUCGCGUGGAAAGUCGCAGGGCACGCGCUAUGCCAUUUCUUAGCCCUCCAGACAGAGGGCGACAAGGUGCUUGUGCCGCUGUCUGUUGCUAAGAAUCUUCUGGUGAAGGGUCGCAAGAAAGCAAAACUUGGUCCUAGUCUGUACGUUGUUGUCCCGACCGUAGUUGCCGUCCGCCGGCCGCCGGCCGCCGCUCUCCGUCGCCGUCUCCGUCCGGCCGUCUUCGCCCGAUCUCUUCCUGGCCGUGAGCUAAACGCCCCGCUCGCCCCGCCCGAUCUGGCCGUGCGGAAUCGCUGCGCUCGCCCCGCCCGAUCUGGCCGUGAGCUGAUCGCCCCGCUCGCCCCGCCCGAUCUGGCCGUGCGGAAUCGCUGCUACCGAUUGGAUUGGCCUGCGCGUGCGCGGAAUCGCCCCGCUCUGCUCCGGAUCCCCGCCUGCUCUGCCGUCCCCGCCUGCUCUGCCGUCCCCGCUCUCUGA